AUGAACGGCUACGGCUCCCCGUACCUGUACCUGGGCUCUCCGGUGUCCCAGCCCUCGCGGCCCCCUCUGCAGCGGACGCCCAAGUGCGCCCGGUGCCGCAACCACGGGGUGCUCUCCUGGCUGAAGGGCCACAAGCGCUACUGCCGCUUCAAGGACUGCACCUGCGAGAAGUGCAUCCUCAUCAUCGAGAGGCAGCGGGUCAUGGCCGCCCAGGUGGCCCUCCGGCGACAGCAGGCCAACGAGAGCCUCGACAGCCUCAUCCCCGACGCCCUGCGCACCCUCCCCGCCGCCAACGCCCAGGCCCCCAGCCCCAGCCCCGCCGGGAACCCCGCCGCCACAGCAGCCUCCGCCGCAGCCGUCCUGGUCCUCCCCGCCGAGGCAGCCCCGCCAAGAGCCCCCGCCACCGAGCUCAUGGCCAGCGCCUCCAGCCUCCGCUGGGCCUCCGCAGAGCAGCCCGCCGCCCUCCUCCCUCCGACCCAGAUCCCCAAAACAGACAUGACUGAAGAACGAUUGGGUGAUGUCAGUGGAGCAGACAGCGCUGAGACUUAUAGUGACAAAGACACAGACCAAAGGAGUUCCCCGGAUGUGACAAAGGCCAAGAACAACUUUGCUCCUGAGAGCCCUGAAAUAGUCUCUGUUGAUGAGGUUGGCUAUGCUGUCCAGAAGAACAGUGGCAGUGCUGAGAGCAGACCUGAGAGCCCCAAGUACCAGCCAGAACAAAAUCACCUCUUGAUUGAAGGUCCAUCUGGGACUGUUUCUCUGCCUUUUGGCUUGAAAGCUAACCGCCCACCCCUUGAGGUGUUAAAAAAGAUUUUCCCCAACCAAAAGCCAACGGUGCUUGAACUGAUCUUGAAAGGCUGUGGGGGUGACCUGGUGGGUGCAGUGGAGGUCCUUCUGUCCAGCAGGUCCUCCAUAGCAGGGGGGGAGAGAACUGCUGAGCCAGAUGGUCUGGUUUUGCCUUCAAAUGGACACCUCUUUGAACACACCCUCAGUUCCUAUCCCAUUUCUUCUUCAAAGUGGUCUGUAGGGUCUGCUUUUAGAGUCCCAGACACACUAAGAUUUUCUGCUGAUACUAGUAACGUUGGGCCAAACCCUCUGGCUGUCCCCUUACAGCAUCCAUUCCCACAGCCACCCCGAUAUCCACUGAUGCUGAGGAAUACUUUGGCAAGAAACCAGUCCAGUCCAUUUUUGCCCAAUGAUGUUACUUUGUGGAACACCAUGACACUCCAACAGCAGUAUCAGCUGAGGUCUCAGUAUGUCAGCCCUUUCUCAGCUAAUUCUGCCAGUGUCUUCCGAAGUUCUCCUGUCCUUCCUACUCGUCCAUCAGAGGAUCCUAGAAUCUCCAUCCCUGAUGAUGGAUGUCCAAUUGUUUCAAAACAGCCUAUUUAUGCAGAAGAUGAUUAUGAUGAAAGAUCUGAUUCCUCAGACUCUAGAAUAUUAAACACAUCUUCCUAGAAUGACAAUUUGCCAUGAUACCAUGAUAUUUUGCAGUAGGCCAGAACUACUGGGCACCAAGAGGAAGGAAGAAUGAAACCUUUAAUUGUAUAAAAAGUGACUCUGCUUGUUACUAUCUUCUAGCAAUAAAACCAUAACUUAUUUUAUUUCUUGCACUUCACUGGAAAAUGCCAAAUAGCUACUACAUCAUGGCUUUAGUACUGAAUGUUUAUUACAAAAAUGAAAGGAAAAAUGUAAAUUUAAGCAUACUUGUGACAAAGGCUGUGGAACAUGUAAAGCGGAACAGAUAAAUUUUGCCUUUUAGACAACUGGGAAUGUUGAUAUUGUACUUGAAUACAGUGUUCAAAGAGAGGACCCCUCAGGAUAUAGGAACUUAAAAAUCCAAUAAUUCAGUGGCAAAUGGACUAAACAGGGACCUUGUUGACUUUAUCAACAGAAUCAUGGUCUUGGUGGUAAAACCAAGAGCCUCAAAAGACUAAAAAUGAACCAUCUCCUUGCUGUUCAAGCUUGGACACUUUUUGGAGACACCUUAACUGCUAUUCUUUUCACAUGGCUAAAUGGAAACAUGUAUAGUGUCAAUGUAAAGCCAAUUACAGCUGUUGAGUUGCAUGAAAAUGUCUUGUGAAAAAUGACCACAUGUUUAAACAUUGUCAGGUUA